AAAAUAAAAAUGAGAAGUGUGAAUUUAUGAGCUUUGUGCUGAGGGGUAGUCAACAAAGUGUCAGCUUUCCCAAAAAGAAAAAACCCCAAGAAACAAGUUCUUCCACUUCCUUCACUCAUCACAUUUUCCACUUCCAUUCAAUGGCACUUCUUCUUCUCUCCUUCUACAUUGUCUUUUUCAUAGUCUUAGCUACUACUUCUGCUGCAUCUGAUGUUCAGCUUCUGUUACAGAACAUUAAACCCUCACUUCAGGGUAACACUGAUAAUAUGUUGUUAUCUUCAUGGAAUAUUUCAGUUCCUCUUUGUCAAUGGAGAGGUCUCAAAUGGGUUUUCACCAAUGGUACUUCUUUGCUCUGUAGUGACCUAUCUUCACCUCAAUGGACAAGUCUUUCUCUUUACAGGAACCCAUCUUUGCAUCUUGUCUCUCUACAGUUACCAUCAGCUAAUCUCUCUGGAACACUCCCUAGGGAGCUUGGUGAGCUUUCUACACUAAAAAGUCUUUAUCUUGGUGUGAAUGGACUACAUGGGUCCAUCCCUCUUGAGCUUGGCUACAGCUCUUCUCUUUCUGAUAUUGAGUUGAGUGACAAUAGUCUUACGGGGACACUUCCAACUUCAAUAUGGAAUCUUUGUGAAAAGAUGGUUUCUUUCAAGAUUCAUGGUAAUUCUUUGUCUGGUUCUCUUCCUAACCCUGCAUUACCUGAUGCUACUUGUAAGAAUUUGCAGUUUCUUGAUUUUGGGCAAAAUAGGUUUUCUGGGGAUUUUCCUGUGUUUAUAACUAGGUUUAAUGGUCUUAAAGAGCUUGAUUUAGGGGAUAAUAAUUUUUCUGGUCCUGUUCCUGAGACAUUAGCUGCAUUAAAGCUGGAAAAAUUGAAUCUUUCACAUAAUAAUUUUAGUGGGGUGUUGCCAAAUUUUGGGGAAUCUAAGUUUGGUGUGGAUGUUUUUGAGGGAAAUAAUCCUACUCUUUGUGGACAUCCUUUGGGGCCUUGUAGUGGAAGCUCUGGAAUGAGUCCUGGUGCAAUUGCUGGUAUUGUUAUUGGUCUAAUGGCUGCAUUGGUGGUUGUGGCAUCACUAUUGAUUGGGUAUUUUCAAGGGAAAAAGAAGAGACAUGCUGAUGAAGAAGAGGAGGAAUUUGAGGAAGUUGAAGAUGAGGAAGCUGGUUGUGGUGAGGGGAAGCUCAUCUUGUUUCAGGGAGGUGAGCAUCUCACUCUCGAGGAUGUGCUGAAUGCAACGGGGCAAGUCAUGGAGAAGACUAGUUAUGGGACUAUUUACAAGGCAAAAUUAGCUGAUGGUGGAACCAUUGCUUUGAGGUUGUUGAGGGAAGGCAGUUGUAAGGAUGGAGGAACAUGUUUAACCGUGAUUAGACAGUUGGGAAGAGUUCGACAUGAGAAUGUAAUUCCUUUGAGAGCCUUCUAUCAAGGGAAGAGAGGAGAGAAACUUCUCAUUUAUGAUUAUCUCCCAAACAGGAAUCUUCAUGAACUCUUACAUGAAUCAAGAGUCGGGAAGCCAGUGUUGAAUUGGGCUAGAAGACACAAAAUAGCAUUGGGCAUAGCCAGAGGACUAGCACACCUUCAUGGUUUGGAAACUCCCAUUACUCAUGGGAAUGUUAGAUCAAAGAAUGUUCUUGUUGAUGAAUUCUUCGUUGCCAGGCUUACUGAAUUCGGACUUGACAAAAUAAUGAUCCCAGCUGUAGCUGAUGAAAUUAUAUCAGUUGCAAAAGCCGAAGGUUACAAGGCACCAGAGCUGCAAAGGAUGAAGAAGUGCAAUUCGAGAAGUGAUGUUUACGCCUUUGGUAUACUACUAUUGGAGAUUCUUCUAGGAAAGAAACCUGGUAAGAAUGGUAGAAAUGGGGACAAUGUUGAUUUGCCGGCACUAGUUAAAGUGGCAGUUCUGGAAGAAACGACAAUGGAGGUAUUCGACAUGGAGCUUUUGAAGGGAAUAAGGAAUCCAAUGGAAGAAGGUUUAGUGCAGGCGUUGAGACUUGCAAUGGGAUGUUGUGCUCCUGUUGCUACUGUAAGACCGUCGAUGGAUGAAGUAGUAAGGCAGUUAGAGGAGAAUAGACCUAGAAACCGGUCUGCGUUGUACAGCCCUGCUGAAACUAGGAGUGGAAGUGGUACUCCCUUUUAAGCUCAUGUUGUGACUUUAGUAAUGAAUAUUGUUUCAUAUUAUGCCUGUUUUUCCUCCUAAAGGAAAGAGGGCUAAAUGGUUAUAGCUUUCAACUAUUUACCUUUGGCUUUGCAUUGUUGGGGAAUAUCUUAUCAUAGACAAACUGACAAUAGACAAUGUGUCACAUUAGGCAUCAAAUUGGAUAUUACAGUGUGCCUUUUUUUUCAA